AUGAGCAGCCUCCGCCGUCGCCGCCCUUCGCCGGCGGCGGUGCCGCCGCUGGAGGACGACAACCUCCUCUCCGAGAUCCUCCUCCGCCUCCCCCCACAGCCGUCCACCCUCCCCCGCGCAUCCCUCGUCUGCAAGCGCUGGCGCGGCCUCGUCUCCGAUCCAGGCUUCUGCCGCCGAUUCCGCCGCCGCCACCGCCGCCACCCUCCCCUCCUCGGUUUCUUCCAAGUAGACGACGGGCUCUCCUUCGUGCCUUCCCUCAAGGCCCCGGAUCGUAUCUCGCCCGAGCGCUUCUCCUUGCAACACGAAGAUUUGGUCGACCGCUUCUUCUCCCUUGGAUGCCGACAUGGCCUGGCACUCAUCUACCUUCGCAAGCGUCUCCAGCUCCUUGUGUGGGACCCCGUCACCGGCGACCAGCACCACAUUGCCGUCCCCCCGGGGUUCGACACGGAUACAUCCCCAAUCAGCGGCGCGGUGUUUCGCUCUGCCGGGGACGUCCAACACUUCCAUCUGGCUUUGGUAGGGAGCAGUGAUGGACAAAUUACGCAAGCAGUCGCCCGUGUUUACUCGUCGGAAACCGGUGUAUGGGGCGAUCUUAUCACAACACCGCUUCAAUUCGAGGAUGCUGCCCAUUUUCGCAUCGCAGUUUCUACAAUCAAGCCUGCUGUGCUGGUUGGGGGUUCUCUUUACUGGUUGCUUGAUGGGAGCUCGGGCGGGAUCCUUGAAUUUGAUAUGGAUCAGCAAAGACUAGCUGUCAUACCUAUGCCAGUAAAUGGCCUCAGAUUUGUCCACUUCUCGAUGAUACGGGCAGAUGGCGGUGGAUUUGGUCUCCUCGUUUUAUCAGGCUUCAGUGCCCAAUUCUGGAAGAGAAGGACCAAUUGCGAUGGUGUUGCUUCAUGGGUGUUGGGAAGAACCAUUGAAAUUGACAAGCUACUUCAAUGCGAACCAGAGUUGAAUGGGAGCCAAUUAAUACUAGGUUUUGCUGAGGACAAUAAUGUGGUUCUUUUCUGGACAAUUGAUGGCCUUGUCAUGUUACAGCUUGAGUCACUACAGUCUGAGAAAGUCUUGGGAACCAAAAUCAUGGCUCACUAUCACUCAUUCGAAAGUGUUUAUACUACAGAAAGAGGAAUUGGUGGUCCUGAAGCUGUUCUUUUGCACAACACCUGA